CUCUGCUGUGUACUGAACGUCGCGAUACCACGCAGUAGGAGCAGCUCGUUUCGGAGUUUACAAUUAAACUGUGUAUUUUAUUGUGUGUGAUAAUGUGAUGUGUGUUUGAAAGAGGAUUUUUUGUUUUUGUGUUUGAAGUCUUAUGAACAAUCACCGUGGCCAUGUCGGCGGUGAUGAGCACGCUCUCGAUGAUCAGUGGCGGCCGCCGGGCUCAUAGGAAACUUGCAAGCAGCCGCAAAUCGGGGCAGUACUCCGACGUCGGCGAGGACCGCACGCGCCACCAUGACCUCAGCAAGCAGCAGCGAUCUGCCUCUAUGCAAACGCUGGAGACGGGAGGGGUCGUUAACCUGGAGAAUCUGGAAGCCAAGAUGGCAAGUAUAGAGGUGUCGUUGGGCGCAUCGAGGCGAAAAAGCGCGGGCGCGCGCGACGCGGCCCGCGAGCUUGAAGCGCUGAAAGGGGCAAUCGCGGACAAGGAUACCUUGAUACAGAAUUUAAAGAAGCAAUUAAGCGCUUCACUCAGCGCAGCGCGUUUAGCAGCUCAAGCGGCAUCACCGAAACCUGGCAGAGGCUCAAGGGAGGAGAGUCCUGCAGCGUUGUCAGCAGAUGAAAGGCGCGCGCUGGAAGAGCGGGCGACUGCUGUGCGCGCGGAGUUGGACACCAGGCGCGCCAACAUUCAGGAAUUGAGGAGGAGACUAGAGAAGACGCAUGUCACAGAUAACAUCGACACGCGCAUCGAGCAAGCCGAGCUGCAGUACCAAGUGGGGCGGGAGGAGCUGGAGCUGCUGACGCUGGGCGAGCAGGCGCGCGCGCUGGCGCUGCUCAUCGAGCAGGCGGACGCGGCGCGCCACCAGCGGCUCACCCUGUACAGCACUGUACGCGAAUGUGGUGGGUCUGGCACAAUCGUGUGUGCGGAGGCGCGCGAGGGCUCGUGGGGCGCGUCCCCGCGGGGCUCCGGGGUCACUCUGGAGUGGAGCAACCAUCCUGCUCUGAAACCUGGUGAUAGACUAGUAGAAGUGAACGGCACGAACGUGAUGCACUGCAACCUGGAGGACCUCCGGCGCGCCAGCUCGGCCGGCUCGCCCGCGCGGCUCGUCGUCAUACGCGGCCUUGCGCCGACACAGCCGUUCACACAGAACGAAGCAGCCACAUUGCGAACAGAACUGGAAGCGCUGAAGAGCUCUGCAGAGGAAGCGGAGAAAGCGAAGGAGGGGCUGCGCACCGACAACACGCGCCUCACGCACCGGAUCUCCUACCUCGAGGAGCAGGUCGCAGAGCUGCUGGCGAGACAUACGCAGUUACGCCCGUCAAGCAGCAACGAAAGCUGCAUUACAGUGAACAAAACAAAGAAAAAUGUCACCAACAUUAACAUAACAAGUGAGCCUCAACCUAAACAGAGCCCCAAGUCAGAGGUGCAAGUAUUUCAAAAAGGACCAGACAUAACGGCGAUUGUAGCCAAACUACCCGGAUUGGACGGUGCUGAAGCUAAUCUACCAGUAAUUCGGCCGAGAUCUAAUGCAUCUGGGGCUUCUUCACGAAUGGCUCCAUCUCCACGAACAUCACCACCUCCUCACCACAGAUCGCACAGUUCUCACAGCCUGGAACACCGAGCAGGCAGAAUGAGGCACUCCUUAUCCCAUCAUUGUAUUCACGGCGGCAUGGACUACAGCGCAGAAACAGACGCAGCCAUCCGGAUGAUAGAACGCAACCAAAGACAUAUGGAAAAACAGAGGUUGAAAAAUGAAAAACUAAAUAGGACAAAAACAGAAGAACAUUUCAGAUCCGACAGUGAUCUUGAUAGAAAGUCAUCGAGUUCAUGUGACCCGCGGCAAGAUAUAAAGAAAGCCGCAGAACGAAUAGAAGAAAGUAUCAAAAAGACCAACUGGGCCGAAAGGAAAACUCUAUCGAUCAUUGAGCAGCUCAAACGCUCACAACGCAUGCGGAAAUUAAAAAAGAACGACAGCUCUGAAGAUAUUCAAGUAGAUAAUACAUACAUGUACAGUAAGAUCGAUGGGAAAGUUUUGGAAAAUGCGCACAAAUCGAGUAGAAGAACAUCCAAGCUUUAUUCUCGAAGUGCAAAAUCAUCUGAAUUUGAAUCAGAAUCUGAUUUCCCUAAUGAUAUUUAUAGUAGUUCGCCACGGUUGGAUUACGGGUCUGAAAGUUGUUCGAGGUUAAGUCAUUACAAAAAGAAUGAAGAAAGAAGAGACGAUCCCAAACGACCGACACCUCCCCGCAAACCGUUGCGGCUGUCACUUCACAAAGCGAAAAGCGCCCACUCAUUAAUGAACGGAAGCGAAACAGAACAGAGCAGACCUCCUUCAGAAGCUCAAGAAUCGGUCAAACGACCAGUAAAGAGAACUCACGGGGCUGAUAAGAGUAGAGAGAGAAUACGGGACGGUGGAAGAGCUACUCCGCGGCCUUCCCGGAAAGUUUUAAAUGGUUUUAGCGCGUGUGAGACGCCGGCAGCUGAUGACUUGUACCCGGACACGCACGUCCCGGUCCGAGUCAACGGAAUGGUUCGAGCUGGCAAAUGGUGCUAGCAUGUACUGAACUUGAAAUUGUGCAAUUUCUUCCACCUGUAUGUUAUGUGUAUUGUGUAGGAGUUAGACAAUGAUUUGAGGCUAUUUCUUUCCAGUGAAUUUCUGUUCAUAUUUACGAUAGUGCACCCACCGUUAAUACUCACCAAUAAUUGUAUUUAUUUAGUGAAUAAACCAUUUUAUAAAA